AUGUCUAUCUAUCUAUCUAUCUAUCUAUCUCAAUCUCUUCAAUAUCUAUCUACGUUCAGUAUCUAUCUAACUGUCUGUCUAUUUAUCCAUUUAUCUAUCACAAUCUGUUCAAUGUCUAUCUAUCUAUCUAUAUAUCUAUCUAACUAUCUGUUCAAUAUCUAUUUAUUUAUCUAUCUAUCUCAAUCUCUUCAAUAUCUAUCUAUCUAUGUUCAGUAUUUAUCUAACUGUCUGUCUGUCUAUUUAUCCAUUUAUCUAUCACAAUCUAUCUAUCUAUCUAUCUAUGUUCAAUGUAUAUCUAUCUGUCUAUUUAUCUAUCUCAAUCUACUCAAUAUCUAUCUAUCUAUCUAUCUAUUUAUGUUCAGUAUCUAUCUAUAUAUUUAUCUAUCUCAAUCUGUUCAAUAUCUUUUGUUCAUAUCUAUCUAUCUAUCUAGACCCAUCUAUAUCCAUCUAUCUAUCUAUCUAUCUAUCUAUAUAUAUAUAUAUAUAUAUAUAUAUAUAUCGUUUUCCGUAUCUAUCUAUCUAUCUAUCUAUCUCUCACUCACUCACUAUCUAUCUAUCUAUCUAUAUAUAUAUAUAUAUAUAUAUAUAUAUAUAUAUAUAUCCUUUCCCUAUCUAUCUAUCUAUCUAUCUCACUCACUCUAUCUAUAUCUAUCUAUCUAUUUUGUUCAUAUCUAUCUAUCUAUCUAUCUAUCUAUCUAUCUAUCUAUCUAUCUAUUUUUCUCAGUUUGUUCAUAUCUAUCUAUCUAUCUAUCUAUCUAUCUAGUUUGUUCUAUGCAUAUCUAUGUAUCUGGACCUGUCCAUAUCUAUCUAUCUAUCUAUCUAUCUAUCUAUCUAUCUCAAGAUCACAACAAACGGGCUCCUUAUCAAUAA